AAGGCUAUGGGAGGGAGCCACGGCUUGAGAUUUCUUCAUUGCAAACCACACGUGACCGUGCAGCAUUUCCAGGUGGUUUGAGCUGAAAGGGAGAAUAUGGAACUGAAGUGGAUGCUGUGUGUCCUGUUGCUGGGCCUGAGUUGGAGUGCUACCCUGGCUCAGGAGGAAGGAGAUGAUGUGGACAUUGAUGUGGAGGAUAAGAUGGGGGAUGUAGAUGAGGCAGCAGUGGAGAGUGAACACACCACCCCCAGCUCCCCUCCCCCUCCCAAGGUUACCUACAAACCUCCAGUUCCAACAGGAGAUGUGUACUUUGCCGAGUCCUUCGAUAAAGGAACAUUGGAUGGAUGGGUUGUGUCAAAAGCUAAGAAGGAGGACAUUGACGAGGAGAUCGCAAAGUAUGAUGGACAAUGGGCGGUGGAAGAAAUGAAGAGCUCCAGACUUCCGGGGGACAAAGGUCUGGUUCUGAAGUCUCGGGCCAAGCACCAUGCCAUCUCUGGCAAACUGAAGAGACCUUUUGUCUUUGACACCAAGCCGCUCAUCGUUCAAUAUGAGGUGAAUUUCCAAAAUGGGAUUGACUGUGGAGGUGCCUAUGUGAAACUUCUCUCCAAGACCCCGGACCUGGACCUGGAUCAGUUUGUGGAUAAGACUUCAUACACCAUUAUGUUUGGCCCUGACAAGUGUGGUGAGGAUUACAAACUGCACUUCAUCUUCCGACACAAGAACCCCAAAACAGGAGAGUACGAAGAAAAGCACGCCAAGAAGUCGGAAGCUGACCUCAGGACGUACUACAGCGACAAGAAAACCCACCUGUACACCUUGGUCUUGAACCCAGAUAACAGUUUUGAGAUCCUGGUUGACCAGACAGUGAUCAACAGUGGGAGCCUGCUGAGUGAUAUGAGCCCUGCUGUGAACCCCCUGCCAGAGAUUGAAGACCCUGAUGACCAGAAGCCUGAAGACUGGGAUGAGAGGCCCAAGAUCCAGGAUCCUGACGCCGUCAAACCGGAGGACUGGGAUGAAGAUGCCCCAGCAAAGAUCCCUGACGAGAGUGCUGUCAAACCAGAGGGCUGGCUGGAUGAUGAGUCUGAAUAUGUUUCUGACCCUGAUGCGCUCAAGCCUGAGGACUGGGAUGAAGAAAUGGACGGAGAGUGGGAAGCCCCUCAGAUUGCCAACCCUAAAUGCGAGGCAGCGCCAGGCUGUGGAGCCUGGGUGCGCCCCAUGAUCGACAACCCUGAUUACAAGGGCAAGUGGAAGGCACCAAUGAUGGACAACCCCAACUACCAGGGAGUGUGGAAACCAAGGAAGAUCCCGAAUCCUGAUUUCUUUGAGGACCUGCAUCCCUUCCGCAUGACCCCGUUCAGUGCUGUGGGCCUGGAGCUGUGGUCCAUGACCUCUGACAUCUUCUUUGAUAACUUCAUUGUGUGCUCGGACCGUGCCGUGGCAGAGCAGUGGGCUAACGAUGGCUGGGGUCUGAAGCAGGCAGCUGAGGGAGCCACUGAGUCUGGGCUGGUGGGUCAGAUGAUGACUGCUGCAGAGGAGCGCCCUUGGCUCUGGGUGGUCUACGUUCUCACCGGGGCCCUGCCCAUUGUCCUCCUCGUCGUCUUCUGCUGUUCUGGAAAGAAAACGCCAUCUGAUGCCAAGUACAAGAAGACGGAUGCUCCACAGCCUGAUGUGAAGGAUGAUGCAGAGGAGGAGGAGGAGGAGGAGGAGAAGGAGAAGAAAACUGAGGGGGAAGUAGAGGAGGAGGAGGAGGAGGAGGAGGAGGAGGAGCCAGGUACGAACUCUGCUGAAGAGAAGCAGAAGAGUGACGGUGAGGACAGUCCUGCGAACAAAAGCCAGGAUGAGGGGGAGGAAGAGGAUGGAGAUGACGAUGUUGCUAACAAAACAGACGAGAUAAAAGACGACGAUGUCUUACGAAGAUCCCCUAGAAACAGAAAGCAGAGAAAAGACUAAACUGCAGCCGCCUCAAGUAGUCUGGCAGUCUUCAAUUUGCAACAUCUUUUGGACUAUUUCACUGCAGCAGCAACCACCACCACAAAAAGAAACAAUCGUGACCAGACACUAUGGAUAUCAUGAUUCUAAAUAGAAUAGAGACUGACUUUAUAAAAAUAAUACUAGAUAAAAAUCACUUCAUUUUAAUGCAGCAGAAACUAGCCUUGGGGACCCUCCUCUCCCGGCCCCGUCCCAUGUGAAAAUCUUCAUUACUUGAGCAAAAGACAGAUAACAGCAGGCACCUCCAGCUCCAUUACCCUCUCCAAAACUAGCAGUACCCUGUGGAAGAAUGUCAUGCAGGGUUUGAAUUGGCAGGAGCCACUGGCAACUGUUACAUUUUUAAACCUCUAGAGUGCUUCUUCUACUGUGAUUUGCUUGUUUCACCUAUGUGUGGCCUGUAGGAGGCAGUGUGGCAUGUUCUGAUUUAGCCAAAAGAUAAUGGUUUCAAAUCUGAAUAAAGCAACAAGACAUACA